GAUGCUGUGGCAGGGAGGAAGCGUGUGGCUUUUAUUGUGUUGACGUUGUAUCCGAUUAUAAACAGCUCCGACCUCAACACCGCAUCUCGCCCAUUUUUUAUUUUAUUUUAUUUUCCCCGCAUCAAUAGCUGCCAUGUUCCCGUCGUGUCAGUCCAAGCCGGCGGACAGCAGCAGCAGCUCCAAGAGGAGCUCCGUGGCCAAGCUGCUGCUGGGGGUCUUCGUGGUCUAUAUGCUCCACACCGCCUGGCUCCUCUACGGCUUCCUCAACACCAAACCCUGCGAUGGGAGCUCCGGAGAGUACUGCAUCAGCUCCUACCUGACGGCAAGACCCAGGCUGCAGCUGAGUGUCUUCACCUGCCGCGUGCCCGACAACAGCCAACUCCACCUCGCUGUAAAAAUAGACCCCUUUGAUCCACACUCUGCUUUUGAGAGGCAGGUGAAUGUCUCUCUACCAGAGGAGACUCGGGCCAACGGCACUCUGUAUGCAGUGGUGUAUGUUCACAGACCUGCUGUCUCACCUCUGGAGGACAGCAGAGAAGUCCACUACGCAGCUCAGCUCACCACCUACAUCAUCCCCACACACACUGAUGGGCAGAGAGACAUGCAGAAGAGGCAGAGUCCCAGAUCUGAGGGUACUGUAUCCCACUGGAGACCUCACCUGUCAAUCAAUAUGAUGUCAGAGGACUUCACCUUCAACAAGGCGGGGCUUCCUAGUGACGUGCGGCGUUACAUGAGAAUCUCACAGGAGGGCCGACAGAUGAUCUACCUCCCUCUGCUGCUGGUUAACGAGCUCAGCUUCAGGGUCAGAGACCUGCUGGAGAUCAACAGCAGCACCGUUGAGCUCCCUCUGACUGUGACCUAUGAAGGAAUCUCUCUAAGGAGGUUCAGGUUCUGGGUGCAUCUGCAGGACGUGGUUUAUUCACUGCGACAGUUUGGCUUCACAGAGGAGAACAUAGAUGAGAUUAAAGAAACUUUGAUGGGCUCCAACCUCUACCUGUUAGUGUUGACUGCACUCAUCACAGCACUGCAGCUCAUCUGUGAGUUCUUGGCUCUUAAAAAUGACUUUGGUUCGUGGAGAAAAAAGAAGAGCAUGGUGGGAAUGUCCAGGAAGUCAGUUCUUUGGCGUAGUCUCAGCACUCUGCUGAUUUUCCUCCACCUGCUGGAGGAGACCAGUCUGCUGGUGCUGCUGCCUGUUGGAUUAGGAGCCUGUGUAGAGGUCUGGAAGGUGUUUACAGUGUUUAAGAUCCAGUUUCAAUGGAAAAGCUCCAAGCUCCAUGUAAAUAAGAUGGAUGAAGAAGAAAGAAAGACAGUGGAGUACGACACACAGGCGUCCAGAUACUUGUCCUACUUGGUGUAUCCUCUGUGUAUCAGUGGAGCUAUUUUCUCACUGGCCUACUUACGCCAAAAGAGUUACUAUUCGUGGCUGAUUAACACCCUGGUGACUGGAGUGUAUGCCUUUGGCUUCCUGUCUAUGGCCCCACAGCUCUUCAUCAACCACAAGUUGAAGUCUGUGAGCCACCUGCAGGGGACAGUGUUGAUGUACAGAGGAGUGAACACGCUGAUCUCAGAUCUGUGUUCCUGUGCCAACUUUUUCUCCUCCUCCGUCUCCUUCUCCUCCUCUCAUCAACUGUCCUGCUUCAGAGAUGAGCUCUUCUUCUUCCUCUACCUCUACCAGCGAAGGCGUUACGCUCCCAAGGCCAGGAGGCGAGAGUCUGGGACUCACAGCAAGAAGCUAAAGACUCAAUAAGGAGAAGACAAGUUCCUCCUCUUUCUUUUUUCAGAAAUGAA